AGAGAGAGACGAAAGAGAUUUAAAAGGACGGGGAUAAAGACUUUGACAACGAAGUAGGAUCCGAAUUGAUCGGAGGGGUUGUGUUGUGUUGUGUGUUGGGUGCAGUUAUCAAAAUCUUUUUCUGUCUCUCUCUCUCUUCAUUUUUGGUUGGAACCCCUCUUCUUUUUGUCUCUCUCUCUUUUCUUUUGUUUCUCAUCAUCAUAUCUCAAUUCUCAACGAGUUUUAAAGGACAAAGGAAACCACAACCAACAACACCAGACGUAGGAGAAGCUAGCCAAGAGAGAGGAAUCAUAGUUCCUUUUCUGGGAACGACGGUUCCUCCUUUAUGCUACCUUCACCACCUCUUUCUUCAUACCAUACCCCCCCUCAGGUGCUUUUCUUCAAAUUGAGGUGGUGCGUGGCAGACAAAGCUAUGUGAUCGAUCACCUUGAUGGCUUCCAUGUAUAAUCAAUCGUAGGUGUUUCAUUGUCUAGAUAUGUAUACAUGUAUAACAGUAUAUGUGCUUGCUGUUGCACGUUUUAAUUGAUUAUUUGGUGAUCUAAUUUCUUCUCAGGGGGGGAUUAAUCAUAGACACACUGCUUAAUCAAUAUUUUUUGUGGAGAUAUACAUCAUAAGGAAGAAAAAAUGUUGACCGGAUUAAUGAAGAAGAUCGCAUCCACCACAAUGGGGAGCUGUGCCUCAAAUCCAAGCAGAAAGAGCAGUGGUCAGAAAAGAAGAAAACAAAAGUCUGGGAAACGCAGAGGAAACGGCCUUCCCUCUGCACUUCCUGAAUUGCCUUUGAAAAGGGUUAGCAAUGCCGGAAGCCGUGUGGGAGACUUCUCUCUCAGUAACUUUGUUCACCUGGACUUUGAGAAUAAUGGUGCUUCAGCCCCCUCCUGCAGAAGAUCAGAGGUUUCAAACAUGAAGUUUCAUCUCACACAAUACCAUAGUCAUAGUCAAAUUGAUGCAAAUGGAAAAUACCAAGAAGAAGCAUGGUUUGACUCAGUUAGCAUUAUAGAAUCUGAUUCAGAUGAUGAAUUCAGCAGUGUGCAUGGAGAUUGUUUUCCCUUUCCCAACAAUGCUAUGGGAAGUGUCCCAAAUACUCAGUUACUCCAGUAUGAAAGUGCAUCCUGCAUUGUAGAUUCAGUGCAUAAGUAUGAGGAGUUUUAUGAAAGUUACCUCAAAAUAGAUGGUGGAAACUGUAAGAGUGGGGAGAGAACUCAAGAAAGCAGCUCAAAACAAUCAACAGUUAUCAUGCUUUCUGUAAAAAGGACUUCAAUUGAUGGACAUGACAAGACUGAAUCAUGUUCAUCAGAGAAAUUUCUUUACCGUCCUGCGGCGGGGCUUCAAAUUCCAGUUUCUAUUCAAGAAAAGCCAUUACCUAGCACAUGGUCUGCGAUUUCGCCUUCAGUGUUCAAUCUUCGCGGUGAAAAUUUUUUCAGAGAUAAGCAGAAGUGCCCUGCUCCAGAAUCCUGCCCUUACAUACCAAUAGGUGUUGAUUUAUUUGCCUGUCCUAAGAAGAUAAGUCACAUAGCUAAGCAUCUUGAACUUCCACUUGUCAAAGAAAAUGAGAGUUUACCUUCCCUCCUCAUUGUUAAUAUACAGUUGCCAACAUAUGCUGCUAGCGUGUUCCUUGGUGAUGCCAAUGGGGAAGGCUUGAGUCUUGUACUAUAUUUUAAAUUGUCUGAGAAUUUUGAGAAAGAGAUCUCACCAAAUUUUAUGGGGAUGAUCAAGAGAUUAAUAGAUGACGAGACAGAAAAGGUGAAAGGGUAUACAAAGGAAAGCCUGGUUCCCUAUAGGGAGAGACUAAAAAUUUUGGCUGGAGUAGUUAAUCCAGAGGACCUUAAUCUGUAUUCUGCCGAGAAGAAGCUUAUAAAUGCCUACAAUGGCAAGCCAGUUUUGUCACGUCCUCAACACGAGUUCUAUAAGGGACCUAACUACUUUGAAAUAGAUCUGGAUAUACAUCGCUUUAGCUAUAUAUCAAGGAAAGGACUUGAUUCACUUCGAGACCGUGUAAAGCAUGGAAUACUUGAUGUUGGCCUAACUAUCCAGGCACAAAAGCAAGAGGAACUUCCAGAGGAAGUGUUGUGCUGCUUAAGAUUGAAUAAAAUUGAUUUUGUUAACCAUGGCCAAAUUCCUACACUUAUGACUCUUGACGAUAACUCGGGCGUGCAUUAGUUGAUCGACGGGGAGAGCAGAAAAGAAAAGAGAAGAGAUUCAUUGAUAUUUAUGAAAGAAUGGGGUGCCAAAUCUAUUUAAUAAAACGAGGGAAAAGAAAAAGAAAAAAGAGAAGCAAAUUUGAAGAAAUUUGAGGCUUCUCUGAUAUGCAAAAUUGUUUUUUUUUAUUAUUUAUGAGAUGAUGUAAUUAAAGUCCUAUAUGUUACUUUACAUGACAAUUUUCUUCCUCCUUGUGUUGUCAAGAUGACUAAUUGAAAAGGUGACAAUUGUAAAAGAGACAUCUUGGAUUAUUAAAGAAAAAAUUAUAGAUUA